AAGACUUUGCGCCCAAGACGCAUAGCUUGGGAAUUAAAUGAGCUACUUAAGAUGCAGAGAGGCGUGGCUGAAAGUGUUUUAAUUGCAAUUGAUUAAUGAAAACGCAAAGCCUACUAAGGCAGCUGUGAAAAAAGCAGAAACGUAUAUUUGUGUGCUAAACGUGUUUGAUGCUCUAAUUUUGUGACUGACUGCAGUUGCCACAACUCACGUUUGAUAAGAUAAGCCGCAGUUGCAGUUGUGCGUCCAAACAUAAACAGGCAUGGCCAGGCCGCAGCUGCUGCUUGCAUUGCUUGCAGCAUGGACGCUUUGUGAUCUGGGCGCUGCUGUGGACUGCCCAGCGCCCUGCACAUGCCACUGGGUGGUGGAUAGUCUCUAUGCCAAUUGCUCGCGGCGUGGUCUAAGCGCAUAUCCCAGCUUUGGCAACGAUCCUGUGGAGCAGCUGGACUUGUCGGGCAAUAAGUUUACGCAGUUUCCGCAACAGUAUGCAGACAUGGACUCGCUGCUGUAUUUGGAUCUGUCGCAUAAUCAAAUCGACAGCUUGGCUGAGGAGGCGUUGAUAGGCUUUAGCUCGCUGCGCACUUUGCUGCUGGAGUACAAUAAGUUUGUGAACUGGGCGCAGCUGAAUCCCAGACAGGCGUUCAAAUAUGCCAGCAGCCUGAAGAGCUUGAGUCUGCGUGGCAAUCAGCUGAGCAGCUUUGGUGGCGCUGACAGCGAGCAGCAGCUUAGCAGUCAAACGCUUAUGGAAUUGGAUCUAAGCUAUGCGCACAUAACAACUGUAGGCGGCGAUCAGCUGAUUAAUCAGCUGCCCAAUCUGCAGCGGCUCAGCUUAGCGCAUAAUCAGUUGAGCAAGCUGUCACGUUUGCCCUCGCACAGCAUACGCGAGCUGGAUUUGAGCAACUGCAGCGUGCAGCGCUUGAGCACGCCCUUUGUGGAAGCUUUGCCGCAGCUGGAGGUGCUAAAUUUGUCGCACAAUUCGGCGCUGCAGCUGGGCAGCGCUGAGGAGGAUCAGUUGGUUGCGUAUCAGCUGCGUCGCUUGGAUGCCUCAUACUGCAAUUUGGAUGACAUUGAUCUCAGUCGUUUGCCCGCGCUGGCGGAGCUGCAGCUGCGUCGCAAUUUGCUGCGCACUGUCGAUGCGCGCACCUUUGCCAACAAUACGCUGCUGGAGCUGCUCGAUUUGUCCGGCAAUGUGCUGCGCAGCAUUGGCAAUGAAGCUUUUAGUGCGCUCAAGCGUUUGAAGUCCUUGAAUCUAGCGCUCAAUGAAAUUGCCUAUUUGGAUCGCAAUCUAGUGCGUGGCAACGAUGUGUUGCAAGAGCUUAACCUGAGUCGUAAUAUAAUACAAAAGCUAACCAAGCUAACGUCCAAUUCGCUGCGCAGCAUUAAUCUAAGCUGGUGUGAAAUUGAUAGCAUUGAUGCAUUGGCUUUUACAGGCUUGUCGGUUAUACAGCGCAUGGACUUGUCGCAUAAUUUGAUUAACGAUAUACCCAAUCUAAUGCGCUCGGAAACGUUGCAAGUGCUCAAUUUAGCAAACUGCAAGCUUUCUAUUAUAAACAACAACAGCUUUGUGGGCUUUCCUGAGCUUGCUGAUUUGCAUUUGAAUGGCAAUCGUCUAACCAAUCCUAUAUCACCAUUUGCUUUUCGUGGCAACAAGUACUUGGAUCAAAUCUGGCUGGGCGACAAUCCUUGGAUUUGCGACUGCCAAAGCGCGCAGUUCAUCGAGUUCUUUGACUAUCUAACCAGCAAGCCAGCAAAGCUCAAGGAUCGGCAGCAUGUGCGCUGCGCUGCGCCUGCUCAGCUAAAUGGCAAGCCUUGGGAUUUAGCCUGCAUGCAGCAGUGGACGCUGGCAGCCAAAAGCAACAAGAGCGAAAAGAUUUGGUCCGGGAUUAUGCUUACACUACUAGGCAUAGGCAUUUUAGCUGUGCUCUACAGUUGUCUGCGGAAAGCUUUGCGCAAACGCAAGCAGCGACAUAAUCGCCGCGAGCUUGAAGAGAAUCAUGACGAACUGCAGCGCAUUCGCGUUCUCAAUGAGCGCAUGCUGCGUGAGGAAUCUUCGAGCAACUUGCAGCCAACACAGGACAUUAGUCUGCUGCCUUCCUAUGAGGAUGCUUUGCUUAUGCCCAAGCUGGAGCGUCCAGUGAAGUCCAUGCUGGACUUGAGCGUUAAUGCGCGUGCGCGCAAGCAGCUGCUGCGUCGCUCACAAACACAGCCCGAGGGCGAUGAGUCUGCUGGCGAGGAGCUGCAGCUGGAUACGCGUCAAAGAUUUCGCAGCGUUGAAAUGCUGUCCAAUCGCGCCAAGGAGCGCACAGCGCAUUACAAUACGCAACGGCGUACGGGGCGUAUUGAGUACAGCACACAGUCGGGCAGUCGUCGCUUUAGCAUUGAGGACUCGCGUUUUCCUGCUGCGCAUUUGAAAACACAAAACUUGCAAAGCGCCGAGCAGAUUGGCAACUUCCAGAGCUAUGAGAACAGUCCGUAUACCAAGCGCAAGCCCAAGAUUGCUGAAAUACCGCCCUUCAAGCGUGCCAACUUCAUGGCUCAAAGCGUUGAGUUUCUUACCGAUCCAGAGUAUGAGGAUUUGGGCAGCAAGCCCAGCAGUCCGUUUGCCAAGCGCAAGCCCAAGUCGCCAGCGAUUAUGCGUGUUCAAGCGCAGGUCAAUACGCUGCAGCUUAUGCCCAAUUCGCCGCUUGAUCCUGCCAUUGAGGAUUACUUUAGCAGCGCAGUGCAAAAACCUGUAGCUGCAUCCUCCUCCACUAUAGCCAGCGACUUUCAAGAGCUAAACGAACCCGAUCUACACUCGCUACCUGACGACAAUCGAUCAAAUGCCUCCACUUCCGCUGAUGAGCUGGAUCUGGACAAGGGCAAGCGUAAGAAGCGCAAAAAUUCCACAAGCCGACGCGUUAGUGGCAACUUUAGCGCUGCUGCUGCAGCUGAGCAAAGCUCCAGCAGCGAAGAUGAGCGCCACAACAAUCAACGACAAGUGCAGCGGCCCAUGCGCGAAACUUUAUUCUAAGCAUCGAAGGACAAUAUGCAUACACACUACUAUAUUUAAACAUUUUCAUUUGUUAACUGUUUAAGCUAAGCAUAUUUAAAAUAAUUUUUUAUUGCGCCACACAAAACUAAUAAAAGCAAAUACAAUAAUAACAGCUGUUUGUUAAAGCAGUGCGCUGCACUGCUUGUUUCAACACUGCUCAUGUGGUGCAUGUCUUUGCUAAACUCGCAAGCAGUACGUUUGGCGCGCUAUUCAAAAUAAAAAGUCGUUUGCUUACAAUUUCAUGUUUGAAUCCAUUUUCACAAUUAUAUUUUCACAAGAGAAUGGAGCUUAAGCAUAAUAAUUUAUACAUAACGCAAU